AUGAACAGGCGGAUUAUCCCGACUAUCGAGGCACUCGAGAACAGCACUCCUCCACUACCCCACAAUGACCCUCUCCUCAUGAUUGCUUCGCAUGGCGGAGGGAGCUGGGGCUUCGGAACCACCCCCAUCGCCGACAGCCCAGAGACCUAUAUUGCCCUCCUCCAGCCCGCGAUGCGCUUCGCUCAGCGCUUGCUCGUCCACCCUCAUAUCAUCGCAAAAGCGGUUGCCAUCAUCUCCGAGACGCCCAAGCCCCACCCAGUCGUCGAAAAGGCCUUCCGAUGGGCGAUAUCGUUGAGCGAGUACACCAGCUUAGAAGCUGUCGCAUGGUUCGUCCGUCCUCAGCAGUCCGAUCUGGCGGAUGUCUAUACUUUGGAGGAGUUGACCAUCAUGCUGCACAAAGGCAACGUCGAGCGGCUGAGGCGGAGUAAGGAGAAAGUCGACGAUGAGCCCGGGGUAUCUGGUCGGCAUCUCCUCUCCACAGCGAUAGCCAUGAUUCAUGCCCUGGUCCCUGCUGCACGGACACAGGUCUACUGCCUUCUGCGGGGCUCGCCAACAUUCCAUAUCCCUUACUCCCCAGCAUUGGUGCCUCUAUUGGCCACGAGCAAUGCCAGUUUUGAGCUGGAUAUCCACUUACUAAGGGGGUGUCAUGGGGGCUGGUUGGCGUUACGUUCCGGCGGCGGCGGGAAGGCGUUCGUAGACUCAUUGAAGGAUAAAGAUAUCGAUUUCCUCGUCGUUCUUCAGACCGGAGCUGCCGAUGGCGUCUUCAUCAAGAAGGUGAUAGAUAGUGCUUGGAUAGCUGAAGCUGUCGAGGCCACUGUCGAGGUCUUUAGCUUUCAGCUGACCCCUGAAGCUUUCGAGCACGAUCAGAUCCACUUACUUCAAUUGCCAGCGAAGCUCCUACCCGACCCCAUAGUCGACAGAAACAUCGCCGUGAUGGAUCGUCGCCGCGAAGCUGGAGAGCACGCUGCCAGGGGACUCGCCGUACCUCUCGAGCCCCAAUUCGCCAACGCCCUUACUUGUCAAUACGUCCCCGGCAACGCCCGACCCCUUCACCAACGUCCUCACCCGACGUCCCAUCCUCCUCCCACCCCACGUCCCUCGCCUUUCCCCUUCUCCCCCCUUGCCCCCACAGCCAUCUCCUCUCGCCCCUCCUCGCCCAUCAUGGACAUGAACAAGCGCGUCACCGUCACGCUCGAGGAACUCGAAAAUCAAGAGCCCCUCCCGCCCCACCCAGACCCGCUCGGAGCGGUCAUGCACGCCUCAGCUCCUCUGUAUGACGAUCCUAUCGUCGUUGACAACGAGGGGCCACUCCUCUUAUUGCACCCAUCCUCUAUCGGCAAGCUCGCAACUAUCAUCGCUGCAACCGGAGAACCACGACCUCUCAUCGAGACCGCUAUUCGAAGAGUCUUGGGGACAACGCAAUGGGUCGUUGCUAUCGAUAACUUGCAAAUGCUCCCUUCUUUGGCGGUACAUGUGCGGCCUCCAAAGGACGAUUUGGCCGAUAUCUUCACCCUGCCUGAGUUGACCAUCUUUGUGAAUUCCACACAAGUCGAAAGAUUACGGAUCGCCAGGGACAUCAUGGAGAAGGAGGACAAGCGCGAAGCUUGGGAUCUCCACCUCUUCCUUACUGCGGUAGCGAUGGCCCAUGCGCUUGUCCCAGCAAUCCGAACACAGGUCUUCUGUAUCCUCAAGAGCUCGCCCGACUCUCAAAUACCGUAUCCCCGUUCGCCAACCGGCCGCGAGCGGGACAUCGGAUGGUAUUGGGAGAGCAUGGUGCUAGGUGGUAUUUUGGAGGGCGCAUGGCGCUGCACUCCGACAGUCAUCGGCCUCCCAACAUCGAACCGAGCGCCUUCGGAUCCUAGGAUCCCGAAGUUUGACUUUGUUGCAUUACAGGCCGCGGGGACGAUGCGGGUGCCGGUGGCACAGUAUGAUGUCUUCGAGUUCCUUCUACUUCAGCGACGAAAUGCGAAGGGCGAGCCCACGGUGAAGUGGGAACUGGAUGAGACAUGGGUUGCCGAAACUGUCGAGGCCUUCGAGCACGGCCAACUCGAUCGCAUUUCGUUACCACCCAAAAUCGACGGGAAACCCUUGGACGAUCGAUACUUUACCAUACUCGAUCGACGCAACACUACAGCCGAGGCGGAAAUGCGGUCGGCUCAUCGCGUACCCUCGCUUCCAAAGAAAUCGGUCACGAAGCGUCGGAAGGCAACCGACCAGCCUACGGCAGAGGCAGGCCCGUCCGAAAAGAAGAAGGCGGCGGUGGUGAAGCUCUCUAGCCAUAUCUCCAUCAGAGCAGAGUCCAGAGGUACGGGCGAGCUCGACUGCCUGCGUUCCGCUUGUUUCACUUUCCUCCGAGAUUUACCCGAGACCGGCCCACUCGACCACUCACCCUACUGCUCUCGCGCGUCGCGCCGCACCAUUGAGCUCGAGCUAUACUCAAAUACACCCUUCUGGACCAUCCCACAUCCCCGACGUCUCCUCCCCCAACCAUCUCCAUCCACCAUGGCGAACAAGCGGAAAUUCGUCUGCCGAGAGGAGCUCGACAGCGAGACGGCCCCUCUUCCCCACCCCGACCCGCUCGGAUCCGUUAUGCACGCCAAGGCCUUCCUUUCGCAGACCAUCACCGUGGAGACCGACAGGCCGGUCGACCCAGCCCACGUCGACCUCAUCACGCGCGCGAUGCGCUUUGCUCAGCUCCUCCUCCUCCACCCCGAUUCCAUCGGCAAGCUCGCCUCCAUCUACGCCAACAAGCCAGGCCCGCAACCUUUGAUCGAGAAGGCGAUCCGGAGGGUGUUGGGAACUACCCAGUGGGCGGUGGGUCUGGACUCAUACGUCGUCCUAGCGUGCCUGGCGAGUCACUCUCGUCCGGCGCGGGAGGACCUCUCGGAGGUCUAUACCUUGGCUGAAUUGACCAUCUUCCUCAAUCCCACGCAAGUCUCACGUCUGGAGAAAGCCAGAAUCAAGAUGGACGACGACGACGAUCGCGAAGAAUGGGACGCCCACCUCUUCUUGACGGCGGUAGCACUCGCCCAUGCGAUGGUGCCGGCUAUCAGAACUCAGGUUUACUGCAUCCUUCAGUGCGCGCCGGACGAGCAAAUCAAAUUCCCCAAGCUAUCAUGCUACGCCUACGAGCACGACGCGGGAUGGUACUGGGAGAGCCAGGUCUUUGGCGGGAUCCUGGAAGGAGCGUGGCGCUCGAGUCUGCCCCAGCCGGUGAUCGUCAAGUCCAGUCACCCGUCGACGGACUCGAGGGUGCCGACCUUUGACUUUGCCUCGCUGCAAGCUGGGCUCGCUCGGAACCCGCUGAACCAGAGGGAAAAGUUCGAGUUCCUCUUACUCCGACGAGACGAGGCAGAGGGGGUACCAGCCGCCAAGAUGGAGCUGAGGAAGGAUUGGCUCGCUGAAGCCGGAGAGGCUUUCGAGAAUGGCGAACUGGACAAGCUAUCAUUAUCGCCCAAAUUCCUCGAGCCCCCUCUCGAAGAAGGCCGAUUCACGAUACUCGAUCGUCGUGGCGCACGAGGCGAACGCCAGCUAGACUCGAUGGUCAAGGACGGACAAGCACCGUCAAAGAAGGGGUCUGGGAACUUCAAGAGGAAGAUAGAGGAGCUGGCGGGAGGGCUGUUCAAGAAGGGCAAGACGGCGGCGAUGGCCGAGGGUGGCACCUGA